AUGACUGACUCUACAGAGAAACCGUUCAAAAUAUCUGUGCCCGAGGAUGCACUCGACCUCCUGCGACAGAAGCUUGCUCUUGCUCGGCUACCUGACGAGCUCGAAGAUGCUGGCUGGGACUACGGUGCUCCGCUCUCUCACGUCAAGAGGCUUCUCGAACAUUGGAAGAAUGGGUACGACUGGCGCCGCGUUGAAGCGGAGAUCAACUCGACUCUCCCAAUGUUCACGCGCGACAUCGACGUUGACGGUCACGGACCAUUAAGCAUCCACUACGUGCACGCGAAGAGCAAGGUGGAAGGAGCUAUUCCCCUCCUGUUCGUUCAUGGAUGGCCAGGAAGCUUUCUGGAAGUGACUAAGAUCCUGCCUUUGCUCUUGAACCCGGCCACCGACGGAGCGCCCGCUUUCCAUGUCGUCGCUCUCAGUCUUCCCGGCUACGGCUUCUCCGAAGGCCCGAAGAAGCCCGGCUUCGGGCCCAUCAAGAUGGGCGAGACGGGCCACAAGCUGAUGUUGGCGUUGGGUUACAAUGAGUACGUGUGUCAAGGUGGUGACUGGGGAUACGCGGUCACGCAUAGCAUUGCUGCAACAUACGGGCCCAAGCACGCCAAGGCGUGGCAUACAAACAUGGCUGUCGCUAGUCCGCCCACGCGAGCGGAACCUCUGAACUACCUGCGCUACCUCCUCACGCCAUACACAGAGCGUGAGAAAGAAGGCCUCGCGCGCCAGUCUAAGACGGACAGGGAGGGGCGCGCUUACUUCAUGCAACAGGCCACCAAACCGCAGACACUUGCCUAUGCUCUGGCCGACUCGCCUGUCGGAUUGCUGGCGUGGAUAUACGAGAAGCUUGUGGCGUGGACUGAUUCGUACGCGUGGACGGAUGAUGAAGUUUUGACAUGGAUAUCGAUAUACUGGUUCUCCCGCGCCGGGCCAGCCUCAUCUCUGAGGAUUUACUUCGAGAACCGGGUCGAACAACAGACUGCGGGCAGGAGCGCCGUGAAAGUGCCAACUGGCCUAUCAUCGUUUCCCAAGGACAUCUUCCAUCCACCUAAGACGUGGACGCGCGGGAUGGGCAACAUCGUUGCAGACUUCGAGCACGACCGGGGAGGGCAUUUCGCGGCGUAUGAGGUUCCGGAGCUGCUCGUGGGGGACUUGCAGAAGAUGUUUGGACGGGGAGGACCUGUGUUUGGAGUCGUUCCUGCAAAGAAUGGGUACUAA